AUGUCGGUGCUUCAGCUGCCCGAGACCGGGCCACUGGCCUUCUUGAAGGGUCACAAGCUGGGCCUGGGCACGCCCGCAUUCAUCAAGGCACACUUUGAUGCCUGGACGGCAACGCAAGCGAUCUGGGUGGAUGUCGUGUCGGCCACCAGCUUUGGCGGAGUGCAGGGAUCCUUGCUUGGAGCGCUGAUGGGCAGCAUGUCUCAGAUGACGGCCUCGGCGCCAGGGGCAGCCGGCAACCCCGCUCAGCUCAUGAGCCUUGGGACCCCAUUCCAGCAAGCCAGGAAUUUUGCCGUGAUGACCGGGGUCAACGCCGGCAUCAGCACGCUCAUGCGGCGUGUCAGGGGUGUGGAGGACGUUCAGAACGCGCUCGUCUCCGCCUUUGGAUCUGGGGUGUGCUUCUCCCUUGUGAGCGGCAUGGGCAAGCCCGGCGCUCAACCAGGGAGUGGCACGGCCAACCCACUGAUGGCGGCGUUCUCUGCAGGCGUGGUGUUCGCCCUGUUCCAGGGGGCAUUUUACAAGCUGGGUGAGCGAUUUGCGGGAGGCUCCCGCGCCGUCGAUGACGACUAUGUGAAGGUCAAGGCGAUGCUCGACACGCUGGGCAUGUCGAAGUACGAGCGGAACUUCAAGAAGGGGCUGCUGGAGGACAGGACCAUCGGCCUCUGGGACUCCAGCUCCCUGGCGGAGGUGCGCGUGCCGCCCGGGCCGCGCCUGCUGAUCCUCGACCACGUGGAUCAGUACCGGCACCUGCUGAAGCCGGCUGGGCCCCUGCCCCGGGGCUGA